GUUGGUAAAUCAAUCCGGAAUUAACAAGCCUUAGGCUUAUCAAGCAAUAUCGACAACAUGUUUCGGGUCUCCAGUUUUUUUAAGGCAGCAUUUGUGUCCUUUAAGCCAGCUUUGGCCUCUUCUAUUUCUGAGGAGGCGAAGACCAGACGAGCAAUCGGGAUCCGUACUAAUCGACCAGUUAAUGUUCAGAUAGUUAACUCAAUUGUGGAGAAGACCAAUGGUGAAGGACUGGCUGGUAUAGCAGCUACAAUUGCCCGAGCUGGUCUUUAUUUAAAUCCUCGGAAUCCGACUUCAGCCAUGGAAGAAAUUCAUAAUGUUCUCCCAAAGAUUCAAGAUGAGCCACUGAAGCAAAUGGCAAUUGGAAUUGUUUUGCGUGCAUGGAAUGACUUGUUGGAUGACAAGGAGGCUGCCUUGAGUGUUUCUGGGGCUGCUACUGAAGCUGAAGUAUCCGAAAUCCGAACGAAAACACUGGAAAGCUACAAUGCGUUUAAAACUGCUUUUCCAGACUGCUGGCUUGUGAGGCUCGCGUGUGCCGAGUUUAAUAUGUACUUGGGAAAAAACGAAGAUGCGUAUAAUGAGUUUAUUCAGAUCGAGAAGGACAUUAAAAAGGCCAUUGACACACCCUCAAAGCUGGUGAAUGAAGUCGCUACGGAUAAAAAUACGAAUCCCUUCUUACUGCUGGGACAUCAACUCCUGCGAAAUUCCACUCUUCAAAAUCUGAAGUCGAAAACUGAGGGUAAAUCGAUUCAAGAAGAAAUUUCAGGCUUAAGUAGAGAUUCAUCGAAUGUGCCUGGCUUGGAUGCCCUAAAGAAGGAGUUAGGUGGUAACCUAAGCGACGAAGAGGUCAUUGAAAUCGCAUUCAUCCUGUAUAAUGCUAACUUGCGUCAUCACUUUCACGACUUUUUCCCUCUCAGGUCCGAAUAUGAAGACUGGGAUUCUGCAAAGGCACAACGUGCAAAGAAGCUUAUUCUUAAUGCAUAUCAAGGCGUAUGUACUGGUGAUCUCGAUGAAGUUUUAGACAAGGUUCGAUCAUCUGCGCCUAAGGAAACAUUUUAUGCACCCCUGCACAAACUGCAAGAGGUCCUGAAGACUUCACAAAGGGAUAAGAGCGUCGUAAAGUCCAUUCGUGCGGCUCUUGCAGAUGGAUCGGACGUUCAUCUAUCCAAAGAUGGUGAGACUUGUCGUGACGCUAUAAACAUCAUAAAUAGCGUUGGAAUGUCCCCAGAGGCUUCCGGUACGAUACGUUAUGCACAGCAACAAGCUGAAAUUCUCAAGAUACUUAAUCAGCAGCUUUUAUAUCGUACGAAAGUUCAAAUAGCAGUUGUUCUGAGUGAAAUGAAUCGUCUUCAUGAGGCGGUACAGGUUGUUACUCCUGUUAUCGAUGCUGAUGAAUAUAUUUACAUGUGGCGUGCCUUGCUAACACGUAGUCGAGCACACAAAGGAUUGGGCCUUAUCACUUUAUCUGAUAAAGAUGCAAAGGUAUUAAAUAAGCUCAAAAGAAGUUUAGUAGCACGUCCACUUUACGAGGUAGCUAAGCAAGAAUGUUAACUGCACUAGCCUAAAUAAAUUACAGUUUUACAGUAUUGAAUAAAGUGUAUUGGUUACUCCCUUUCCUUAAUACAAUUACUUGUUUAAAUAGGUAGGAAUGCAUUUAGAAACUUUCUCAAUGCGAACUAUUUUUUUGUUUUCCAAUAGAUAGUAUGAAUUAUUAUUAUUUUUAUUUUCACCCCAUUGAAUCGACUUUGCCUUCAAAACGCAGUAAUUUUUUUCCCACACUUUUUUCAGACUGAAUGCUUAUUUUGCCUUUUUGUUGCCAGGUGGCAAAAGUUUUCUCUUUUUAUAUUAGCUUUUUAUUCGCCUACCUUUACUUUAAGGUUUUAAAGCAGAUAUUUAGAGGAGGGACAGCAAAUAGUGCAAGCACACUUACUCUAGCUCACAUGUUUCUGAAUCAUUGACUGAACUCGAGUUUUUCUAGACGAUAUACAGUUCCCUAAUGUUGAUAAAUGGCUAUUCUGCCUCUAGGAAUGGAAAUUAUAUAUGGGAAUUAUGUAGUCAUAAUAGUAGGCUCAGGCUGUGUCUUCUGUAGGCGGAUUUUGCUACACGCUCACACACACUCCAGUGAAUGUUAUUCGUGUUGAAGAACGUACGAUUAUGACUCCUUUUCUUUGCUUCUAUCAUUGUCCCUGCUACUGUAAAGCUAGACGACUAAAUAUUUUCAAAUUGAUCCGCUUUGCUAUUGCAUCCUGUUUAUUCAUAUAUAUAUAUAU